UUUUUUUUUUAUUUAGAGUUUAAAUAAAGAAAUUGCAAUUGGAAAGUCUCGAAUUUACCUGACUCAACGAGGAUUUGAAAUUUUCCAAUCCAUAUGGAACAUGCGAAGAAAAAGAAGUGCAAGAAUUAUUACAUCAUAUUGGAGACAAAAAAUGAAAUUGAGAAACAGAGCAGCCAAAGCCAUUCAGAAAUUUUUUCGAAAAAUUACGGCAAAUAAGUUGUCGUUUCCUGCUACUUCGAAAAACCGUUUCGGCAUUUCGAGCAGUAGCGGGGACUCGACAUUAACAAGCAGCAGUAGCCUGUUGCAUCACCUUACGCCCAGACUGCCCAGUUUAUCGCCUACCACUAAAGUUAGAGAAUAUUUUAACAGAAUAAAUGUCCCCGUGAUGGAAGGCGAUUUAUUUUCUUUGAGCAUCGAACAUAUUGCAAACAAUUUGAAAACGAAUUCGUUCACUAGAUGCCAUUUUCACGGAGAUCGAGUUGUCAGCAAGACAAGAGUGACCCGGGAACACGCCAGAUCUCGUCUACCCGUAUGUCUAAAAUUGUCGAAAAUGGAACAACCUAAAGGCUUGCCAGAUAUUUUGUGAACACCCCUCGUAUUUCGUUUUGUAUUAUUUACAUUACACACUGUAAGUUUGAAAUGCACAUUUUUUGAAGCUCAGGAAUUUAUUGUUUUAAUUGUUUCAAUAUACAAUUACGAAAGCAUCUCAGGUUUACUUUAAUUGUUUAUAAUAUGCAAAAAAAGUAU